AUGAGACUUCUACCGCCCAACUGGGAAGGGAUCCAUCCCGCCUACCCCAGCAGACCUGCCCCGUACAAUGAGUCUGCCCUGACCAAAGCCCCCUUCUGGGCUGGAGGCGCCGGCGCCAUUGUCGCUGGUCUCGCCUUGCUCACAAAACGUUCACCAACCCAAGGUCUCAAGACCGCUGCCUGGACCACCAUUCUCUUCGGUAUCCCUACUGUCGGCAUUGAACGCUACGCCGGCCAUCUCAUCGCCAGACCCUACCUCGAGAGCAAGGGUCUCGAUAUUCCAAAGUCCAAGAUCAUCGAUCGCCCGUUCAGCAUCGAUGCUGACAACUACAUUCUCCUCGGUGGUCUCAUCGGUGUUGGUUGUGCUGCCUCUGUGCGCAAGCCAUGGGCCCUUGCCGGCUGGCAACGCUGGCUAGGUGCUUUCAGCUGUGGCGCCUUUGCCGGCUCCGUCUUCAACCAGGCCUACCAUUUCAACACCCGCACCUCUAUUGCCGAGACCAUCUCAAGACAGCAGGCUCAACGUAACAUGUGGAGAGAAGAUGUCAAGCGUUUUAUUGAGCACAAGGCCAUCCAAGACGCUGGCCUCCGUCCGGAUACCGCACAACAGCCUGGAAUGACUUCAAUGUCCGACAUGCUCAGCAAAAUUGGUGGUGCUCAAAACGCAAUGAUGAAGGAGGCUCAUGCUGCUGCCGAAAAGGCCGCCCAGGUUGCUCAAGAGGAGGACAUCGAUGAGCAAGAUCCACAGCCACACUUCAGUGAGAUGCGCGAAGGAGAGCGUGUCUUCUUCCCCGAACCAAACUACAAGUGGCAGCCUGGUGCUGCAGCUGUCGAACAGAUCGAGUCGCAUAUUCAGAAGCUAAAAGAGAGACGGUCCCGACUGGCAGACGAAGCAUCCAUGUUGUUCUACGAACUUGCUUCCAAGCAAAAUCAAUUGUACAUGACCGACAAGGACGACUGGGAGAGGGAGCAGCGUCGUGUCGAUGCCGAACUCAUGGGACAUCUGCAUACUCAGACUUACCUCGAGAUUUCGCGACUGGAUUGGUGCAUCGCCGACUCGCAAAAGACAAGGCUGCAACUCAAGGCUCUGGAAAAUGGGAAACAAUGGUUGCCUCAAAGGGUCGAGAACCAACCAAAACCGCAACAUGCUCGCCGCCUGCUCGAUGACUUUGACCAUGAGAAUGAGGUUGCACGUGCUGAGAUGGACAUGCUCUCACAGCAGGCUGCGGAUGCCCUGCGGGAUCCAGGACUCGGCGCCAUCGAUAUGAGUACCGGCAAAGUGGUCGAGGACCCCCACUCGCAGAUCAAGAAGGAUCUGCAAGAGCUGAAGCGCGUCCAGAAGGAAUCCGAUAUGAUCCGCGAGGCUAUCAUCAAGCUCAGAAAAGAAAUGGGCGUCGAGAAGAGAGACGAUUAA